UUCUUCGCUGGCGAUAUUUUGGUUUAGAUAUCGUCAAUAAGCUGCAGUAAUGGAGUGGAAUGAAACUUUAAAUCAGGUCAACAUCCGGACUUGUCUACUCGGAUUACUGAUCUUCAUCCUCCUCUUCUGGUUCCUCCGCCGGCCGAAGAAGUUCAAGUGUACUCCUGGCCCGUGGGGUUGGCCGCUACUCGGUAACAUACCUCAGCUGGCCAUGAUGAAGCUGCCUUCUUACGAAGCGAUAACUGAAAUGGGCCACAGAUAUGGUCCUGUGUUUAGCUUCAAAGUCUUCAAUCAGCUCUUCGUGGUCUUGCAGGAUUUUGAUCACACCAAAGAGGCUCUAGACCAGCACCAACUCAGCGGACGUCCCGAAUUUGAAAUCAGCCAGUUGACGAAUCCGGGCAAAGGUGUCUUGUCUGCGUAUGGUUCUCCAUGGAUAGAGCUCAGGAAGUUCUCAUCGACGAAACUGCGAAGUUUGGGAAUGGGGAAGAACACAUUCGAACAGCAAAUCGCCUCGGAAGCGGCCUACUUGCUGCAGGAGAUACGCAAGAAAGGGGCCCAGAGUUUCGACCCAAAGAAGAUUCUCGGGAACGCUGUUGCCAAUGUCAUCUGCUUCUUGGUGUUCGGAAGCAGGUUCGAAUACAAUGACGUCAGGUUUACGGGGCUCAUUAAAGCUAUCGGUAAUUCCAUAGAAAACAGUGGCAUAGCUGGAGUGGUGCAGUUUCUGCCGAUCGUGUCCAAGUUGACCUUUCUCCCAGUCGUGAAGAAGCACAUUGAAAACGACAAAGCUUUCCAGAGAAUGCUGAGGAAUCUUCUGCGAGACCACGCGGAAGGAUAUCAGUUCGGCGUGGCGCGUGAUUACACCGAUGCGUUCCGAGACGCCAUUGAGGUUAAAGCUCAAAAGGGUGAGCAGACAGCUCUGAAUUCGACCAGUCUCUUCUACUCCGUGUCUGAACUUUUUGCGGCUGGAACAGAGACUAUGACGACUACGUUCCGCUGGGCGCUGCUCUACAUGAUCGCCUACCCUGACAUCCAGAGUCGGGUGCAGCAGGAGAUGGAUCGAGUAGUGGGCCGUAACAGGCUGCCUAGGUGGUUGGACAAACCAAGCUUACCUUACACUGAGGCCGUCCUCUGCGAGAUUCAGCGAGUGGCCAUCGUUCCCCUCGGAUUGCCGCAUAAAUGCCUGCAGGACACAACCGUGGCCGGGUACCACAUCCCAGAGGGCGCUAUUAUUCUCAUCAACAUGUGGCACAUCCUCCAUGAUCCAAACGAAUGGACCAAUCCGAUGGCGUUUCGACCCGACAGAUUCCUGGACAGUGAUGGCAAGUUUGUUCGCCCGGAAAAAUUCAUUCCUUUUGGACUAGGUCGACGCGUCUGUCUGGGCAAGCAUUUGGCGAAGAUGGAGCUUUUCAUCAUAUUCUCCUCUCUCCUGCAUCAGUUCACUUUCAAGACUCCAGAGGGCGCAGACGUGUCCUUCAAGAGUCACGAGGGGUUAACGCACUCUCCGCAGCCUUUCGAAGUGAUUGCAAUUCCGCGGGAGUGACCCAGGGCUGCGUGCGGUCAACAUUACUCGCCCACAGCCAGAAAAACAAGUGCGUUUUAGGAACCGGCUGCCUAACCCGGUUGCAGCCUUUCAUCCAUAGCCUUUUGCAUUAUUACAGUCUUUACCCAGGAACUGACCCUAUUCACAAAUCGGCCAUAGGCCUAUUGAGUUCAAAGCGAAGUUCACUUUUUUAUUUUUGGGAACCUAAGAAUAAAGAUGUAAGCAAUGAAAAACAGUUCCUUAAAGAUAAAUUUUAUGUACGUUGAUGAAUAAUUAAAAAUUUGUGAUUUAUCACACAGAGCACAAAAUAGGCUGACCAACCAGUUGACAGAUUACAUUGAAUAAGACAGAUUCAGGGAACAUUAUCAAAAUAAUUCCUUGCGAAUGAGGUGUUAAAGACACCUUUGGCCUAACCCUCUAUUUUCAGAGGGAAACAUUGUGAGGAUUAUGUGCUGUAGAAUUAUGAGCCAAUAACAGAAGUAAAAUGCCCAAACUAAUGAAUAUUACCUGAUAAGUACGUACCAUUCAUAUUUAAUUGGAUACCUGGUAGAGGUCAGUAUUCAUCAACAGCUUUAUGCGUAAGAUUUAUUGCUACACUAAUCAGAUUGUCUGGGUAAGAUAUUCAAAAGGUUCAGUCCAUCACUUGCAGUUAUCAAAAAACAAUAAUAAA